AGCUAUGACUAUUUCCUUUUUUUUAAUAUUUCUCCUUUUUAAUUUAAAUUUGUCUUAUUUAAUAUUUUAUUCUAGAUAUUUUGUGUUUGAGUCGGGGUGUUGGGUUCUCCCGGAAUAACGCAGGUUCAUCAAUCAGAAAUAGUAUGUCUACGUCAUCCAUGAGCUAGAGUGUAAAGACUAAAGAGUGGAGAUAAUGGAGAUGGAGGCAUCGGAAUCAUGUGGAGCUUUCAUGGAGAAAUUCACACUGCAACCAAUUUGCUCUGCAUCAGAGGAACUCCCUUUGAAUGGUCUAACUUUUGCUGUGAAAGACAUAUUUGAUGUCGAAGGACAUGUUACUGGUUUUGGGAAUCCAGAGUGGGCCAACACUCAUUCAGCAGCAACAUCUACUGCACCAACUGUUGUGUCUCUUUUAAAUGCUGGUGCUACUUGUGUCGGUAAAACCGUGAUGGAUGAAAUGGCUUACAGCAUAAAUGGAGAAAAUUUUCACUAUGGUACACCUAUUAAUCCUGUUUCAUCGGAUCGCGUACCUGGAGGAUCUUCAAGUGGAUCAGCAGUUGCAGUUGGUGCCAAACUUGUUGAUUUCUCAUUAGGAACGGACACUGGCGGAAGCGUUAGAGUUCCUGCAUCGUAUUGUGGAAUUUACGGUAUUCGUCCUUCUCAUGGAGUUGUCUCAACUGCCGGAGUUAUACCUAUGGCACAAAGUUUUGAUACAGUUGGAUGGUUUGCAAGGGAUCUGCGGAUUUUAAAGCUAGUUGGAAUUGUCUUACUUCAAUCUGAUUCCCAUUCAGUAGGGCCAAGUCCAACUAACAUUUACAUAGCAGAAGAUUGCUUUAAGCUUUUGGAUU